CGAGGCCGGUACAAUCGAUUAAUACACGUGUGCCAAGUGUUUGUUUUUAUUUUGUUGUGCACAAAUUAUUGAAAUUAUAAAUUGUCAUUUAUAAAGAUUCUUCCUUAAACGGCCUCAACAUGAUGCACUACCGCAAGGCCGAGAACGUGGAGAAGGAGCUAAGCAAAAGCGAUUUGCCCUUCGAGGACUGCAUGCCAAAGUCCCAAAAGGACUUUCUUUGGAUGCAUGUGAAAGGCGGCACUAAGGUAAGCAAUGUGAUUGAGUUCGCUCAGGCUGCGCUGAACAAGGGGGAACAUAGAUGCGUGGUGUGGAGCGGAUCCGGUGGCGGAGUGGUCAAGACCAUUUCCUGCGCAGAGGUGCUCAAGCGGAGCCAUCCCGUCUACCAAGUAACGCGCAUGGCCUACACCAGUGUGGAGGAGCAUUGGAAGCCGCAAAUGGAUGGCCUCGAGGAGAUCAUCGUCAACCGCCAGAUACCCACCCUGCACAUUCUUAUGAGCCUGGACGAGCUUCCAGAUAGUAUAGAUGGAUUACAAAAGCCUAACACAGCCACCGAUUUUUGGGAAGGCGGAGGGGCUCACCCUAAUCCCCGCCAGCAGCAGCAGCAACAACAACCAGGUGCCGGCGGUCGGCCAAACAAACGCCACAGAUCCGGACGUAAUAAACCAGCCCAACAACACGGAAAAGCUUCUCCAGAAGACAGUCAACCUACCGGUCAGAGUCAAGGUUGAGAUAAGCCAUUAAACUAGACCGUAAAAAUAGUGGAGAUUCCUUUAUUGGCCCUUUGUAAGGAUAUAAAAAUAAAGUCUAGUUCAUCACAAAA